CGGUUGUACACUAAGCCCUUUGAUACAUUCAAAAGCCUCAAGCAUAAAAUUGUUUUCAUUCUUUUUCUUCCGCUUUUCGACGCAUAAUGAACUCAACGUCCGUUGUUUGUUCGGGCUAUAGUACGGCAGACAAUCGACUUGCUUUUAUUUCUAAAAGCCAAGAAAAUGAAUUCAGCUUAAACUUGUAUCACCUUCAAAAUCAGACAAUACAAUCUUCGUAUUUGUUAUCCGGGAUAUCCAACUUUCCAAGUACAAACUACAGUUUUGGAGGUUUAUGUUCAUAUGCAAAUGGCAAUUCUUCUAUUUAUUUGAGUUUUGACAAUGCUGGAAACAAUUCUGUACGCAUACACCAAUUGCAGCUAGCAACAGUGCCACAAUUUCAAGCAACAAAUAUCGAACUCGUCAAUACAACCUUGUUUUCACUUCAAUACAUUGCCGGUGCAAACAACUCGCCGAAUUUAGCUUAUAUCUCCACUUCUACAACAAAUCAACAGAUCUUGCUUCAUUUGGUCAGCUUAACCAACUCAACGCAGCAGACAACCAAGUCAAUGUCCGAACUUGGUGUUUUGGCUGCAUCUUCAUCAAGCAACCUAUACCUUUUACAGAGUAAUAGCAUUGAUGUCUAUAGAUUAGAUAACCAUCAAUACAGCCAUAUAAACAUGCUCACCAAUAUCACUUACGGAGAGCAUGCAAUUCAAAAAGGAACAACAGGGCAAGUGUUUGUUAAUAAUGCAGCUGAAUACAUUUCUAUCUAUCAGCCUUUAAAUGGUGAAAUCAAGAUAUUUAACCACAACACGACUCUAUCCAGCUACACAACACUACCUUUCACGAAUGGGUAUAUCAAUUUCAAUAAUAAUACGGUUGUUUCAAAUAAUACAGUUGCUGACCCAAACAGUAAUUCCACAGGAACAUCAACACGUACAGCCAGUUCUACAAUACUUGCUGCUCCUACAAAUAAUCCAACUACUAUCAAUCGUACAGGCACAGCUAGAAGUCUUCAUCAAAAACGCAAUGUUGAAACAACAAAUAAUCAUGGGCAAUCUUCUGAUGGAGCAUACAGUUUACAGACAUAUCAAAUCACAAAUCCAAACAGUAAUUCCUGGCCAGCGGCUGUCAUAUUGGUACCUACAACAGAUUCAACUGAUCCACCAUAUGACUAUGUUACUCUAUCCAAUGAUGGCAAUGGAUUUAUUAUGACCAACCAAAACCAACGAUCCAGCAAUAAUGUUUCUACUGCUUCAUCCAGUGGCUUAAGUGGUGGAGCCAUUGCAGGUAUUGUCAUUGGCAUCUUAGCUUUCUUGGCUAUUCUAGGCAGUGUGUUGUUCUACAUUCAAAAGCGUCGGUCCAAGAAUCAAAGAAAAUUAAAAACAAGAGACAUGUUAAAGGCCUACAGUGGCAGUUCAGAUUUUAAAACAGACUUGCCUACUUAUUUUGACAACCCACAUGAAACAAUUUCCACUGAUAAUGACAGUCGUUCAAGUAGCUUCUUGCAGGAUCCCAAAGUCAUUCCAGGUGAAUACCAUGAUGCAAGUCGACCUGAUAUUCGCCCCCUGUGUUACAGCAAAGAUGCGAUUGAUUAUGCUCAAUUAUCAGACCAAGAGCUACUGCAGCUUGAGCCUGAUACACGAGGCCCUCUGUAUUUAUUCAGUGGACUCUAUACUUCACCAGAGACUGAACGUGCUCAUUAUAUGAGAGAAGGAUAUGCUAUUCGAACAUUUAGUUCAGAAGAUGGUAACAAACAUACAGUCCAUUACUUUUCAUCCGCUCAGCUGGAUGCUUUUGUUCGUUCUGUGUAUGUGGUACUGCGUAUCUCCAACAACGCUAGCUUUGUGACCAAGAGCAAAAGAGCUAUUGUACUCAAUUCACCUACACCACACUUCCACUAUCAGUACAUUUGGAUCACUUCACCUAUGGCACAUGAAUAUUCGCUCCAUCAUCUAUUGUUUGAGGCCAAUCCAUGGUCUUUUAUUGACUAUCAUCAUACAGACUACAAAGUAUGGUCCAUUUAUGCUCUCCUCAAAAGUGUGGAAGCAGUCCACAGCCAAGAAUUUGCGCACCGAGCCAUUGAGCCCAAAUCCUUUUAUUUUGGUCAUCAAAUGAAGGCAACAGAUUGGCAUUUAGGCAACUUUGAAUAUGCACAAUCACUCAAAAACACCUAUCGAAACCACGCUCUGCCGCCUACGACAUCAUUUACAGCACCUGAAUGUGUUCAAGCCAUUAGUUUUCUUGAUGAACAAAGAGCUGAUAUUUGGUCAUUGGGUUGUGUAAUUUAUGCAGUGGCUACAGGUGGAUUGCUGCUAUUUGGUAAUGAACAGCAAGUCAAAGAACUCACAUAUGAUACUGACCAAAUGAAACAACAUAUCAAGCGAGCCAUAAAUGAUACCGUGGAGAAACCUGUGUUCCAAACAUUAUUGCAGAAAAUGCUUCAAGUAGAUCCAAGUGAGCGAAACAGCAUAAAAGAACUAGUCUUAUAUUGGGAUAGCGUUUAUAAUAUGGAAGAAUAAUCAUGGAAAGACAUUAUAAUAUAAAAGAGUGUUCAUAAAUAGAGCCAGAAAAAACUGAAAAAAGCGAAUAAAUAAAUGAAAUUUAGCUCGACCGCUUUUC